AACUCCCAUCUGGCUCAAAAAAGUCAGCUGAACCGAAACCGGUGGGAGGCUGGAAGGAGGAAGCCCUCGCGCAUCCACAGCCCUCUUCUCGCUCCUCUCCGAGCCCCCUGCGCCGCUCUUCCGUGGCAUUAGGGCUGGGGGGGGGGGGGGGAGGGUUGACUUCCCUCCAUUUGCAGCAAGAAAACGGCCGAGCCGGGAGAAGAAACGUCCUCUUCCACCUCCAAAGUGAAGCUUAUUUGAUCUUACCCCAGAGGUAGGUUGGGAAGAGCCAUGGCUGCCAAGAGCCCAGCGGAAAGCCUUCACAGCGAAGCUUCGUGCUCCAUCUGCUUGGGUUAUUUCCAAGACCCCGUCUCCAUCCACUGCGGCCACAAUUUCUGCCGGGCGUGCAUCGCCCGCUGCUGGGAAGGGCUGGAGGCACCGUUCUCCUGCCCGCAGUGCAGGCAGACGGCUUUGCAGAAGAGUUUCCGUCCCAGCAGAGAACUGGCAAACAUCGCCGAAAUCGCCCGGAAUCUGAGCCUACGAGCAGGAGGAGGAGGAGGAGGAGGAGGAUGGGAGAAUCGGUGCAGGGAGCACCAGGAGGCUCUGAAGCUCUUCUGCAAGGAGGACCAGCGGCCCAUCUGCGUGGUGUGCGACAGGUCCCAGGCUCACCGCUUCCACGCCGUGGUCCCCGUCGAAGAAGCUGCCCAGGAAUACAAGGAAGAAAUCCAAGCCCGCCUACAGGCUUUAAAGGAGGAGAGAGAAAAAUACCUGGAAAGCAGAAAAAACAGAGUAAGGAAGAGCUCAUACCUGGAGAAAACCAAAAAGGAAGGGAAGAAGAUAGUGUGUGAAUUCGAGGAGUUGCACCAAUUUUUGAAGGACCAAGAGCGCCUCCUCCUGACCCAGCUGGCAGACCUGGACCGGGCCAUCCUCAGGGUCCAGGAGAAAGCUGUGGUGAAGGUCUCGGAGGAGAUGUCCCACCUCGACACCUUGAUCUGGGAGAUGGAGGGGAAAUUCCAGCAGCCGGCGAGCCAGUUCCUGCAGGACAUCAGAAGACUCUUGAAAAGUUGUGAGAAGAUGGAGUUCAACCCUCCCAUGGAGAUUUCCUCCGAUCUGGAAAGACGACUUGAGGACUUUGUUCAGAGAAAUGUCCUCGUGCGAGGCACGCUGAGGAAAUGCCAAGACAGCCUGAUGUUUAAAUUGCAAGAGCCAACCAACGUGACCCUGGACCCGGCCACGGCUCACCCCAACCUUCACAUCUCCGAGGACCGAAAACAAGCCAGGGGCCAGCUGAGGCAGAGGGACCUCCCGGACAACCCGGAGAGAUUUGACUUUGAACCCUGCGUGCUGGGCUGCGAGGGCUUCACCUCGGGGAGACAUUUCUGGGAAGUGGAGGUGGGGCAGGGGGGUGUCUGGGCUCUGGGGGUGGCCCGAGGAUCGGUCAAGAGGAAGGGACGGCUGAGCCUCACCCCCAAGGAGGGGGUCUGGGCGCUGGAGGCUUAUCACUCCCUCACAUCCCCCCGCGUCAACCUGCGCCUGAACCCACCUCCCAGGAGGAUACGGGUCUCCUUGGACUAUGAAGGGGGGCGGGUGGCAUUUUUCAACACAGAUGAUGAUGCUCCCAUCCUGGUUUAUGCCAGAGUCUCGUUCAACAAGGAGAGGGUCUUCCCCUGGUUCAAGAUGGGGAUGGGGGCUCGUUUGCAAGAAAUCACCCAAACCCCACGCUCAGGGGAUCAGUCCGUGACCGGGCAGCUGAUGUCCCCUCUGGACUGGGUAGGGUUCAGGUUUCCCCUCCGGAUCUGUCCUUGAGGUGUCUUGUCGAUCAGACCUUAAUGAAAGGGACACCUCCUGGGUGACGUCUGCUGUUCGCUGUGGUUCUCGCCGAGAACGUGCUGCUCCUCUCCCGUGUCCGUUUCCGUCGGGAGCUUUGGGAUGGCACCUCUGAGGCAAGGAUGGGGAGAUGGGGACAGCGGCGGUGGUGAGGAGGAUCAGCCGGUGCGAGGGGAUGGAGUCAGCACAUCAGAAGGGAACAUCGGGGGGGGUUGAUGGAGGAUGGGGAGCGCUUAGGACUUUCAGAUGUGUGGUCUUUUAAAAUUUAUUUUGCCUUUCACAGACUGAAUCCUCCUGUUUAUCUCUCUUUCCAAAGCGUUUUCUUUCUGACAUCAAUUGUAAGGCAGAUCCAGAGCCUGUUCUGCCAAGGGAGGUGGCCUUUCACGAUGAACUGGUUUUGUUUGGGGAGCUGGUCUCUAUCUCUGCAUUUCUGAUAUUUAUUUUAAAUAAAAGAAUGUUUUGGUUUGCACCCUCCA